CUUCACGUCUUAAUUCAUUUUCUUACAUUCGCUCAUUAACAUUACACAUGUACAACCUUCCUGACUUUGAACGCUUUGUCGAAGUCCGUCCUGGACUCUUUCGUUGCACCAUUGUCUGGCCAAUUGCGAUAGGUGUUCAAGUUCCUGUCGCCACUUUUUUGAUCCGAGGUGACCCUGUUGAACCAGGUUCUACCGACUCAUCCCAUGACUGGCUUUUAAUCGACUCAGGCGCACCCAUGCAAGCUCAAACACUUCUUACAGCGAUUGAGCGUGUCCUCACACACGAAAAGGACAAACUCCGUUAUAUUUGUAUUACACAUGCUCAUAUCGACCAUACAGGGGCUAUACCGGCUUUGCUGGAAAAGUAUCCAGAGGCCAAAGUCGUCAUCCACAAAGAUGAAAAACCGUACAUUUGUGAUGGGGUUAGUCUACGCACCUGUGCAGGUGAUACUUGGUCAUUCACAUUGUUUAAACAUUUUUCACAUGAAUCGCUCGUCAAGGUUUCCGAAGACAGAACCAUCGCUCUUGGCGAUGGAGAUCAGUUUGAGUUUGAUCAUGUCCUCAAGCUUGUUGAGACCCGUGGGCAUACUCCAGGCUCAGCUUCGUAUAUUCAUAUCCCCAGUCGUUCCAUCAUGGUUGGUGAUGCCGUCAUGAACAUUGCCGCCUACCCUAUGUUGUCUAAAAUCCCUUGUGUAUCAGGGCCCUUGGCCGUGUCGACAACUUGUUGGAGCGAUGCAUUGAGGUCUAUUGAUAAAAUCUUGACGCUUAAGGACAAAAUCGACACGGUCUUCCCUGCACAUGACUAUAAUGUGGAUGGUAUUCACAUCGACAAAGUCCAUGAAUUCCGCAAGUGCUCUAGUCUCUAAUCUUUAG